AUGGCCAGAAGCCUGUCUGGUCAGAUUCUUACAAGUUCGGAAUCUCUGAGUUCUAGCCUAAAUUUCCCGAAGAUUGAGUACAAUCAGCCACUGUCAUCAUCCUACGAACAUCCAAUGGUCGCAUUAUGUAUUGGAGAGAAGCAAUAUGGUAUUUUGGGGUCUCAUAUUCGAAAGUACCCUUUAUUGGGUCAUAGAUCCCCCCAAGAUACAUACAUAACACUUCCCGAUAUCUAUGGAGAUGUCGGCCACACCUUGGUUCAUUUCUUGUACUCGGGUACUUACGAGACGAUCAAUUCGCCGCUCGAUGAAAACAUGUCCUACUUCGAACGAGAAUAUCAAAGAAGUCUUCUGGUCUACCAUGCGUCUAGGAAGUACAACAUUACCGAUCUCGAGAUCCUUGCCAGGAAGUAUAUUGAACACUUCGGCGAAGCGAUCUCUACCUUCGAAAUACUGCGCUUGACUGGAGAUAUUUUCUCCAAGCUUCCUGAAGACGAAGUCUGGCUUCCGGGCUAUGUGCGAAAACUUUUGCAGCGGUCAUUUGUCUCAGGCAAUUCACGAUUCAAUAUUGAUGAACUGUCCGGAAUUUCGAAAAAUUAUGACUCUUUUAGUAGAGUAAUCAUGCUAUCAGUGAUCGACAUUUUAUCAUCGCAUAUUCAAUGCUUGGAAAAGAGGACUGGAUCUCAACCCCAUGUUGCAUCAGGGGUUUCUAAACCCGAGCUUACCUCUACUGAACAUUGA